CGGAAGCGGAAAACAGCGGGUUCGUUUGAAAGGAAGAGCCCGUCGCCGUGGUGACUGCCAGGGGCGUCUAGAAAAGUUUCAUUCGCCUGUUUUUUUUUUUUCUUCUUUUUGGGAGAAGAGAGGAGACAAAGAGCAGUUAGAGGAUAAACAUAUGGUCGUUUUAGUCGUGUUUUUAGCGUUAGCUGUCGCGAUGACGUCACGCCGAUAAACUAAACCUAACGGUUAAACGGCAGGAGGCUGUUGGUUAGCAGAGUUAGCCAACUUAGCAUCCUGUGAGAGCGGCGCUUCUUCUGCUUUGACGGUUUUAUUUCCCUGCGUUGUUGCUUCAGGAUGUGCUCACACGACCACAGCCGCGUCCUGGCUCUGGAGGAGGAGGUGAAGAGUUUAUCAGAGGAGUUAGUGCAGUGUCAGGCGGACAAGGAGUUUGUGUGGUCUCUGUGGAAGCGGCUGCAGGUGGCGAAUCCGGACGUGACCCAGGCCGUCAGCCUGGUGGUGGAGCGUGAGAAGCAUAAAGCUGAGACGAAGGACAGGAAAGUGUUGGAGAUCCUCCAGUCCAAAGACUACAAGAUCCAGGAGCUAGAACAGGAAGUGACGGGGCGGCAGCAGGAGAUUAACAGGCUGCUGCAGAACAAGACAACAGAGGAGGAGGGCAGCGCUUUAAUGAAGGAGCUGGCAACUCUGCGUCAACAACUGGACGAGAGGAAUCAGCAACUUGAGGAAACGAAGACGGCGCUUGGAAAAAGGGAAGAGGAGGAGCGGCGGGUGGUGCGCGCUCUGGAGGAGGAGAAAGAGGGAUUAGCGUCCCGCUGCGCUGCCCUGAGCGCUGACCUGCAGGAGAAGCAGAGGCAGGCCGACAGUCAGCGAGAGGAGAGGGAAGCCGCCCAGGCCAGAUUAAAGGAUCUGGAGAAAGAGGUCCAAAACGCCUGGCAGGAGCUGCCUAAGCUGCAGGCGCACAGCGCUGCUCUGGCUGCACAGCUUUCCUCCAAACAGACGGAGUUUGCUGCACAACAAGAGCAACUCCAUCAAAUACGGCGGGACUUCGCUGAAGUGCAGACUCUCUACAGACAAAGCACGGAGCACGCAGCAGAGCAGAGCCGCCUGAUCGAGCAGCUGGAGGGACUCAACCUGGACACUCAGAGAGUCCUGAGGAACCAGGAGGAGGCUCACACUGCCGACACCUCGUCCUAUCAAAGGCUGUACAAGGAGCUGAGUCAGUGCUACCAGGCCCUCGUGUCUAGUGAGACCAAACUCCGUCAGAGUCACCAGGAGCUCAGCGCCCAGACGGUGAAGAAAGACGAGCAGAUCUCUGAACUCCAAGCUCAGCUGCAGAGACAACAGGAACAAAUCCAGCUUCUGCAGCAGCCCGCUCAGCACGCAGCUCCCUCACCCAACAGACAGACCAACUUUAAGGUUGGAGCUUCAGAGCAAAACGGUGCAGCUCAGUCAGACCGGGCCUCCGCGCAGGGUUCAUGUCCGAGGCCAGGGGACAGAAAUUUCCAUCAGCGAUCCACCAGCAGUGUCAAAAGACUGCAGGGAACGCCCGUGCAGCGGUCCAGGUCUCUGUCCCCAGCCAGCAGCGCGGGGUUGGGAGGUGGGAGGAGGAUCGAAGCAGAACAAAGAAUUCAGGACCUGGAGGAGCUGCUGCAACUCAAGAGCGAAGAGAACGAGGAGCUGAGGAAGGCUCACGACAAACGGCGUGAACGUCUGUGCUCGAUCCAGACCAACUACAAGACCAUCCGCGAUCAGAUGAAGGAGAUGGAGAAAUCACACGGCUUGUCAGGUGGAAGGAGACAGCGCCCAGAGCCAUGGCAGCUUCGUCAGGAGAACAGUGACGCUGUGUGGAACGAGCUGGCCUACUUGAAAAACCUCAACAGAAAGCUCACCACUGAAAAAGUCGGCCUAGAAGAGGAACUGGACAUGCUGCGGGUUCAGUCUGCUAUGGACCGAACCACAGUGAAGGAGCUCCACAUGUGUCUGGAAAAUGAUCAUCAAGAACUGCUGCAGAAAAUGGCAGAGGAGCAGCGGGUCAAAAGCAGCACUCCGAGCAAGCCUUCUCUUUCUUCGAGCCGACUGAAACAGUCUUUUAAAAAGGUGAAAGAGCUGGAGCAGAGGAUGAUGUCUUUGGAGGAGCAGACAAACGUGCUGAGAGAAGAGAAGGAGCAGAUACUUCAGGCCAACGAAGACCUGGACCACAAGUGCCGAAGGCUCCAGGCCUUAAUCGAUCAUUUGAGAAGGCAGGAAACCGAAAGAGAGGAGCAGGCCCGAAGCCGGUCUCUUGCCCAGGAUGAGCAACACCGCGGUGAGAUCACGGCUCUAGAAGCCCGGCUGGCAGCAUCCCAGAAAGAGAUCACCAGGCUCAAUCAUCAGCUGCUGAGGCUGAGGCAGGAACUGGGUAUCGUGAGAGCAGCCAGGGACUUCUACAGGAGCCGAGCAGCAGGACCGGCACGGGCAGCUGGGACUGCGAACAGCAUUAGCGGCAAGGUCAAACUCAAGACAAGCUGGCACAGAGGUCCUCCACGCAGGCGCACCCACCCAACAGUCAGCUCCAAUCAAGCCAUCAGCUGGCAAGGCCGCAGCCCCAGUCCCACUAAGGACGAGUGGGAGGACAUGAGUGCUGCUAGUGACAGUGGUGAGGAGUACUCGGAUAGUCUGAGCAGAGCGUCCUCUGGGACAGAGCUUCACAGACGGGAAGCUAUUAGAAAGUCCCACAGACGUUCGCUGAAGCUCGGCGCAGAAGCACCGGCCGCUGAAUCCAGCAGGAAACAAGACGAUAAACAGCAUGAGCCCUGGGAGCGAGGGACAAGAGGGGAGAAACGGAGGUGGAGGAAGAAGAGGAUGUUAAUGAAGACCCAGCGCUGCUGCUCCUCCUCUUCUCUGCAGCAGCGCGUCGAGUCUCUCCAGCGCCACAUUGACAUCCUGCAAAGUGCCAGGAAAGAUGCUCUCCUCGUAGCCAGAGAGCUGCGAGGGGCCAAUGAAGCGAUCAAGGCGCAGCUCAGCGCUCUCACGGAGCAGCUCCACAGCAGCAAGCAGCUCACACAGAAGCUGACCUCUGACCUGGCUGGCGUGGAGCAGCAGAAAAAAGUUUUGGAGAUGGAGCUUGAGCAGUGGAAGCGGACCGCGUUCCCCCCUAAAGCCGCGCCUCCACCCGCGGCACCAGAGUGUUCCUGUCAGGGCAGAACCGCGGCUGCCCUCCAGUCCCUGGAGGCGGAGGUCAAACAACUGCAAGUCAAACUUAAGAGUUCGAGUGGCGAAGUCACAAAGCAGAUGGCCGCUAACAAAGCCCUGCGAGGACAGCUGCAGGAGAAGGAGGACAAGCUCUGCCAGCUGCAGGACAAGCUGAGCCACACGGAGCGAGACGUUGCCAUGAAACGGCAGCUGGUGGAGGACCUGAGGACUCGGUUGAAGUUCCUGCAGGAGAUGGAGAAAAGUUACCGGGCUCAGGUGGAGGAGCUCGAGAAGAAGGCCAAGACGCUGACGGAGGAGGCCUCCAACAGGAAGGCGCUGAUUGAAUCGCUGAAGAGGAGGCUGAACGUUGCGACCGCGGAGAAAGGCCAGCGCGAGGCGUCCUGUGCAAAACUGACCGAGGACGUAGAGAAAAAGGAGCAGCGGAUCCACGCCCUGCAGGCCCGUGUUGGAGCCAGCGAGCGGGCCUUGGCUGCCCUGGAGCAGACGGCCACCGAGCAAAUGGAGGGGUUGACCCAGCAGAGCUCGCAGGCCCUGGACAGGCUUCAGAGACAACUGGGCCAGGCGCGCUCGCAGCUGGAGCAGCUUCAUUGUUUCAUCCAGACCCUGGCCGGUGAAAUACUUUUAGACGUUCAAGAGGUCAAGCAGCAGUUGAUGAGCAGGAGGAGGCAGAGGCAGGCCGGUUCUGUGGCGCCGAAGAGCAGCCUCUCGUCCAAGUCCAUCAUCAAAGCCAAGUCCAUCGCUGCCUCCAUCCUCAAUAUGUCAGAGAAUGAUCUGGCAGAUAUAAUGGAAACGGAUCAGAGGACAGCCACCUGCGCGGAGACUCCUGGAGACCAGCAGUGGUUGGAGCGCCUGAACUUCAUCCUCCAGCAGAAGAUCCCCUCUGCCGGCCAGCUAAUGGAGGCUGUGCGCGUGAAGAUGAAGGAGAGGAAAGUGCUGACGGAAGAGCUGGCCGCGCUCGCAGCGCCAGUCAGCGAAAAGAGCUGACUCCCCGGGCUGAGGCUGGGAAAACUGUCAUCCUCUUCCCCGUUUCCCCUCCCUCCCCUCGUAUUUUACCGCUCAGCGACGCUCGGCCAGAGCCACACGGACCCACGGUGGCAGAACCGAUGUCUGAGAGACUCUGGGCCGCCGACAUCUGGGCCAAACUACUUCACGCUGCAGUCCUGAACUCAGAGGGGAAACACGGCAGAUGCUGACCUUUACAAACCUUUUCUUUUUCUCUCUCUUUUAUGUUAUUGGACCGCCCAAAGGCUUGAUCUGAAGUUGCCAAAAGGACUCUUUGAGAGACUUGCAGAUGUAGAAUUUGAUGCCAAACCUGGUAAAGAUGUGUAAAACACCUUAAAA